UGUGUAAUUAGUAACUAGCUAUAAUUAGUUACUAAAUACAUUAACAAAAUAAACAUAUAAAAUCCUUCUUUUUUAUUUUUUUUUUCUUUCAUUUGAGAGGUUCAAUGUGGAUUUUUAUUUUUCAAAGAAAAUAAAGAGCAAAAGUUAAUUAAAAGGGGAAAAUAUUAGUUAAUACCCUUAUUGCUUUACCAAAAAUUUUUUCCCUCAACUUUUUUUAUUAAAAAUAUUUAACAUUUUACCAACAUUCUAAUCAACAAAACAACCUAAUAAUAUGAACUAAUCUAAAACGAGAAUUUGAGUAAUUUAUAAAUUAAUAUGAAUAAAUUGUGAGAAACUUAGUUAGUUACAUUGUGUAAUUAGUAACUAGCUAUAAUUAGUUACUAAAUACUGAAUUUUUUUGGAUAGGAUUUUUGUUAUGGAUAAAUCAUGGAUGCGUGAGGAGAGAGACACACUGCGAUUUCAAGUAGGGUUCGAUGCAUUUUUAGAGUUUGCCUUAAAGAAUUCUAAAAAUCACGAUCGUAUUCAUUGUCCGUGGGUAGAUUGUUGUAAUGUAUCUAAAGGGAAUAUUACAAUGAUUAAGGACCAUGUGUAUUUACGAGGUUUCAAUAGAAGUUAUACUAAUUGGUAUUACCAUGGCGAACAUUUACCUAAUGAUCCAUAUCCAUUAGGAAAGCGGGGGGUAGAUGAUAUCGAGGGUAAUGAUUUCGAUGAUUAUCCAUUGGACUUGCUUAACGAAGCACAUGAGGAAUUUCUUAAUGAUCCUGAGAAAUUCGAUAAUUUUCUUAGUGAUGCUGAUAAACCUCUGUUAGUGGAGUUUGAAUAUCUUCAAUAUUCAUUCGUAGUGAAGUAGGUUCUGCGAAUAUAUGUGCUGCGGUGGGAUGGAUGAACAAACUACUGUUAUAUAUAUGUUAUUUGUCGUUAUACAGCCAUGUUCAAAAAUUUUGGGGUCAUUCAAUUACAACCGUUAUGCUGCCGCAAUUUCAGUAGAAUUUGAAUAAAAUUUGAUAUAUAUAUAUAUAUUAUGUUUUGUUUUGUUUAGGGUCCACUCGCUCAACCGCCCUCAAGACGUGAUGCGUCAAAGGGGAAAGCUCCGAUGCUUUCUCCACAAGGCCGUGGUGCACGGGAAGAUGACUUGUUCACGGAAGAGAAGAUGGCGUUGAUCCCUAAUUCGCUAAAAUGGAUGAUUCAUGAAUUCCUGAGGCUCAAACAUAAACGUGAUAUAAUCACAAUUCCUGUCCCCCGAGGAUUCAUUGCACCGCGUACCCAGAUCACGUUAUCUGGAGAGGAUUUGCAGCAGGUUGCUACGUGUGACUACAUCGGCAACCAGGGAAUGCUGUUUGGAAUGAUGCACAUAUGGGAGAGCAUCAACGGUCUGAGAAAAAAUUUCAAGUUUUACGACCUAGAGCUUCUCAUAGUGCAUGGGAUCAACGAUGAAGAAAAGAGUCAGUCUUUUGACGAUGCGGCAAGACGAUUGGCUAAUUGUUUAUCAUUAAUGAACAACAACCACCAAAUGUUCUUUAUUCCUUGGAAUAUCGGGUAAACUUUAUUAAAUUCUUUAGUGCUAAUUGUUCAUUUCUAUAUUAUGUCUUCAAAUUAUUUUUAUACUAUCUUACUUAUAUUCCAAUAUAAUUUUCUAGGAUGCAUUGGACGUUAGUGGUGGUUACGCCAAUGAAAAUUAUCCAUUUAAACCCUAUAAGUGGCCGCCCAAUUCCCGAAGUAAUAGAACAAAUGAUCGGAAGGUAAUAAUUUAAUGACUUCUUAUGUAACGAAUUUAAAUUAACUAACGAAUUGAAAUGCUAAUAUAAUUUUCCCAAACAGGGCAUUCAUGUAUAUAGGGAACGCACAUGACUAUCUUGGCCCGUGGCAAGGAAUUAACCAAGCAAACUGUCCAAGACAACCUAAAAGCCAAGAAUGCGGUUUUUAUGUUUUGAAAUAUAUCACUGACAUCGUCGCACGUGCCAACCCCAGCCGUUACAUA